AUGCCGAGCGCGCAUUGGAGACGUGCGGGGUAUGGUUGCAAGGAUGUCCUUCACAGCCGCGCCCGGGUGCAGAUUUGGCUCCCACAGCCUGCGGGGAGAUCUGCAGUGCUGUACCUGCACGUUCGUCGGAACGUGCGGCCUCCCGUCACCGCGCAGCAAGUGCGUGUUGGGCGAUAUGUCGAGGAGUAUGCAGCACCGGCGCUCAUUUGCGUGCCCCGGUCGGUAUCGCUGCAUCGCUUGAAUGCUGGUCUGCUAGACAAGUUCAUCAAUGGCAGUCACGGUCAUAGAGUUAGUAACAGCGGUGGUAAACGGACUGAAUGUGCGUUGGCAUCCGUGAAGUUGAGCGGGGUCGGGGCCAGGCUCAGGGCCAGCCUUGUAACGGGUAGCUGCACUAGGCACAGGGGCAACCUUAUGACGGCUGCAGGGCAUGCUGUGAGGGCGUGCGUGGUGAUGGUGCGAGGACGCCUAGCACAGCGGCGCAUGGGUGCAGAGGUGGCUCCCAAAGGUUGCGGUCUCCACCGGCGGACCGUCCUCACUGUGCAGCCGGUGAGGGUGCAGAGGUGGCUCCCAAAGGUUGCGGUCUCCACCGGCGGACCGUCCUCACUGUGCAGCCGCUCUGCUAGACACAUUCAUCCGCCUGCAACAGCGGUGCGGCAGAGGGACGAUCUUCUGCUGUAUCUGCGUGUGUACCCGCGUGGGUCUACAAAUGCAUCUACGCCGCAUCACCGACAGGCGGAAGGACUACCACAUGCAACAGCAGAACGCGGGGCACUGUGGUGUUGCAAGGGCGCCUGGCACGUUGCCACUCUGGUGGAGCAGUGGCAUUCUGCACCUGCAAGUGGGCAGACACUUGCGGAUUCCCUUCACCAUGCAGCCGCGGUGACAGGCGGACUGUGGUUUUUGGAUGGUCUGGAGGAUGGACGAUCUUGCGGGUGUGCUGUGGAUGUGUGCGUGGUGCUGUUGGCGUUCCUCGCCUGCAUCAGCGGCGCGCUGGUGCAGGCGUGGAUUGCCGAGCGGCGCGGAGUGUCUGGCGCGCUGCACCUGCAGGUCGCGCUGCGUAUUGCUUGCGUUGACGCAAAUGCAGUGGUCACUUGGCGCUUCGGAUUGCUGUGUGUAACCGAAUGCUUGGCGAGAGGAGUUUACGUCAACACCGUACAUCCCAGUGCUGAUGAGACGCUGCUUACAUGA